CGACUGAAAAAACUACAAAGAAUAAAAAAUAAACAUUAUCUAAUCAGACGUUUGGAGUUGUCGUUGCAACCUGUAUGUGAACUUAUAUCUCGCUUCCUGUAAACGACUCGACUGUUUUUAUUGUGUUGUUACAAUUACAUACAUUUGAUGUUACGCCUACUACGAAAAUUAACCCUACGUAUGCCAGUAACAUUUUUUUUCCCAUUAUAUAUUACUGGAAUUUCAUGAAAAAGUAUUAUUACGAGUUAGUUCGAACCUGCGCAGUGCGCCCGAAAAAGAAAAAAGCAGCAACCACCGUAUCUUUCUUGCCACCCACCAUCCAAUUGCCGCGCGCGACUCGAUACUUGAGUUCACUGUUUGCAACAUAGCAACAUCAAGUAAAAAACGAAAAAAAGAAGUUUGUGAGUGUCGUGUCGUGUUGUGAAGCCAAAAGCAGUGUUGCUGUGUACGUAAUGACAAAACUAUUGUUUGAUAUUCAUUGUGAAUAAAUUCACAAUAUCGAUUGGAGUGCGAAUAAAUAACUCAAUAUAUACGUUCGUCUCAUGUCAUCGUCGAAUCUCAAUGAUACGGCAAUGACAUCGAGUUCGGGCGUAACGCACGACGUUAAUCAAGUGUUGAGGUUAACUGGCGUCAAAACGAAUUCACGGUAUUUCAGUUUUCGCUGGAAACAACAUAACUCCGAUGAGAUAAAUGCAUCCAGGAAUUUGGAUGUUAAAGAUUUAACGUCUGAAAAUUUGUCUAAUUCAAAAAACACAAACGGUUUCUUAAAAAGCAUUAAAAAACGUUUGCAUAUAAAAAAUCUUCGUGUGUGCAAAGUUAAGCAAAAGCUUAUAGGGGUAGACUCCCAACAAGAGAAUGUUGAAUCCCAAGCAACUGCUAAUAUUGAAAAAACGCUGUCAUUUCCAAAAGAAAAAGACCCAACUGAGUCGAGCAAACGUUUAGCUUCGAAUGAGUCUGAUAUUCUGUUACCAAAUGAUCAACUCACAUCUACUUCGGAGGCUCAACGCUGCUGGGAAAGCUACUUGAUUCCAGAAAAUGGCUGUGAAAGAGAAAAUGUUCUAUCGAGUGAUCAUGGCAGUUCAAGAGAGCUCACGUCACAACUAGACGGCCUAGAAACAGACAAUGAUCCUAAAAAUGAAAAUGAAAUUAAUCCUCUGAUCAUGCAAGCUGAAAACAUUGUGGAACCACAGUCAACAAUUGUGAGAGAGUCUAUUGAGACUGUUGACAGUAUCAUUGAUCCGCAAAUCUUGAAUGAGAACAAAGCUAAAGUCAAUUUAUCAGAGGAAUUGCUCAAACUCAGCAAAUAUGGAUGGUAUUGGGGACCCAUAUCGGGUGAUGAAGCAGACUCCAAGCUUGUUUCUGAGCCCGAUGGUGCUUUCUUAGUGCGAGACUCAUCGGACGAUAGGUAUUUAUUGACGCUUAGCUUCAAAUCGUCCGGAAGACUUCUGCAUGCUCGAAUGGAACAUAGCGGUGGACUUUUUUCGCUCUGCAAUCAAGGUGACAACAAAGGUUUCACAUCGGUUGCAGCAUUGAUCGAUCACUCAAUGAAUUCGAGUCAAUCUGCCGUAUUCUGUUACUCCAGACCUAAAUAUCCAGGUUAUCCGUCAUUUCCCGUGCGACUGACAAAACCUGUUAGCCGAUUUACGCAGGUACGAAGUCUGCAAUAUCUCUGUCGUUUCGUAAUACGACAAAACACGAGACUGGACAACAUUCACAAGUUGCCUUUGCCAAAAACUAUUAGAGGGUAUAUAGAGGAGGCUCAUUAUUAACGAUUUGCUGCAAAAUAUUCGAUCACAAUGAUAUGUCGAUAAACUUUGUUAGGGAGUGAUGAGACUUUCCAUGCAAUGGCGGAGAUAUUUCAUUUUGAAUUUGAAAUAAGCAUUGCUUGUACUGAACGACAAACGUUGAGUUAUUGUUGCAGAAAUUUGUUAUCUGUUCUUUUAAAGAAAAAAAAAAUCGAAUACUGAUGUUACAGACUUCACUUUUGUUGAUUUUCAAGAAAAGAAAAACAUUAUUUGUGAUUAGAAAUAGCGGAAACAAAGAACAAUUAAUCCGUUCUCCAAAUCGUUGCGAAUAAUCUCGAAUCAUGCAAAACCGAUAAAUAUAUAUAUACAUAUAUGGAUAUUUUUUAUGAUAUUGGAAUGACGAUGACUAUACGAUUGUUGAUGAAAUUUUUCUUUUUUUGUAACGUGAAGCGUGCAAGAGAUUUUAUAUAUUCUUUGUACAUAAUAUUAUAUAAAACUCAUUAGUAUAUGCGGAUAAGGAAUUUUAACGAGAUUUGUAUAGAGAAAAAAAAAGAAGUUUUCUUUAUACAAUUAGGUUGAAGAUUGAUUCUUCGAGUCUGCAAAUUGAUUUAAUUUUCAAGUUUGUACUAUAUUCUUUACUACUUUUGUAAAAUUAUUGAAUUUCGUAAAUUUUAUCUCGAAAUCGUUUAAAGGAAAUAUAAUUAAAUAUACUUGUUUACAUGGUUUGCGGCUGGAAUGUGUUGACAACUUUUUUUUUAUUAGAUUUUUUAUAUUUAUUGCGUAGGACUUUGUACUAAGAGUUUACGGCCUUAAAUAAUUCUUCGAUGAAUAUUGGCUGUCAAACUUGUGACAAUAAACAAAAGAAGCAAGUAAUUUAAAGAGAAAUGUUCAAUUGAAAAAUCAAUGCGCCUAUGUAGACACAGAAACAUAAAUUGUUGUUAAAAUGGCAAUAAAUGUGAUGAGAUGAGAA